UUCACUGUCAGGAGAGUGGGGUAAAGACAAGAGAAGAGCAAAGACUGAGAUUUGACAAGAACCUGAAAAGAGGGGAAAAUGUUACAUAGGGUGGCCUCCAACGUGUCAGACAAAACAAAGAGCAGCAAGCCGAAGCGCUCCACCAGCUUUGGCAGGUUUGAGGGUCUCAGACAUCAGGCGACACAAGCCAAACCAGAGGAAAAUGGAACAGCCGCGCUCACAGAAGAAUGUGAAACUUUGGACCCGAACAAAUCAGCCGGACUUGGGAAGAAGAUGAAGGCGAUUUCACUGACCAUGCGCAGAAAAAUGGGCAAAAAACACAGCAAGGCUUUUUCUGAGGAGACAGUUGAUGACACAGACAAAGACCCAGAGGCAGAGGCAGAGACAGAGACAGAGAGUGGCCCUGCAGCUGAGAAAAACGCAGCGAAGACAAGCAACUCCUUAGAGAGUCUUUACAGUGGCCAGAGCUCCUCAAGUUCAGGCGGUGUGACCAGUGAGAACGGUUCUGGUCAGAGAGACAGCCUGAGGCUGGAGGAGGACGGCUCCUAUCAGGGACAGUUCUGUGGCAGAGCUCGCGUCCACACAGACUUCGUUCCCAGUCCGUACGACACGGACUCCCUCAAACUCAAGGUCGGCGACAUCAUCAACAUCAUCAGUAAGCCUCCGAUGGGCAUCUGGACGGGCAUGCUCGGCAACAAAGUGGGCAACUUCAAGUUCAUCUAUGUUGACGUUUUGCCGGAAAAAGAGGAGGAAGAGGAAGUUCCCAAGAUCAGACAACAGAAGCUGUGCAAAAGACCUCGGCCCAAAACACUGCUGGAGCUACUGGAGCGACUGAAUCUGGAGGAGUACGCCUCAGCCUUGCUGCUUAAUGGCUACCAGACAGUGGAGGACCUGUUGCACCUGCAGGAGAAACACCUGAUAGAGCUGAACGUCAGAGACCCAGAACACCGACGCCAACUUCUCGCUGCUGCUGAAUAUCGCUACACAGGUGACGAUGUGACGAGGGAUGCGGAGGAGCUCAGAUCCUCUCACAGUCUACAGGAAGAAGACAGCGACUGUCCCAGAGACUCGGGCUGCUUCAUUCCAUCUGAAUGUUCAGACAGCAAAGAGGAAGCAGAGCAGCACAAAGAUGCUGUGGACUCUUAAUGUAACGGAUACUUCGACAGCUGGAAUUCAGUGUCGGGUGUUUUCUCAUGACGGGUGGUUUUAACAACUUCCUUAAAACAUCAUGUAAACAAGCUAGCCACUCUUAGUCAGCUUUCUAAAUGUGUGAUAAGAAGAACAAACAAUUCGAAUUGAAAGCUCCACCUUGAACAGUCUUGAACAGAAUGUUGUUACUUCUGCUGUCACUGCUAAUACCAACAUUCCAGUUAGAGAAAGGGUGAAAAGUAACACGAGCCACGGUUUGCCGGGGGCCCCCAAAUCACUAAACCCGCCCCUGAAAAACACCAAGUCACGGUUAUGUUAGUAUCAAGUCAUACACCGAUAAAAUACUGCUUGUGUCGACUCUAGGGAAGUGAAGAAGAGCCUGGUGGUAACGUUAAUAUCCAGUAUCCGUGUAGCAUUUGCUAUCCGCUAACCACACGCAGACAGACAGCUUGCUUCAUACAGUAGUUAGAUCAUUAUAAAGUUGUACAUUUUCUUUAUUUUUUGUUGUUGAAAAAGUGACAUUUUCUUGAUUAAUUGUCACUUGUAUUUAUUGCAUUGUAAUUCAUUUAAUGUUUUUUCUCUCAAUAUGAAGCCUUUAUUUAUCACAUCUGCAUCUUCAGCAUUCUCAUUAUCCAAUCUCAAUUAUUCAACAUGCAGUGCAAUCUUUUUUCUUUCUUUCCAUUGAAUGAAGUGAUGUUGGUGAAUUGAUGAUUUUGAAAUGUAGCUUCUGGGUUUGAACAAUGCAUAUUCAGAUCUUGCCUAUAUAUGAUGCAUACUGUACAGGAAAACACAUGUUAUUUUCUAAACGUGUGUGUUUGAAUGAGUGUAUGAGAGAGCCUGUGUAUGAACUCACGUCAAAAUUAGCAUUCAACUGUUUUCCAACUUUUUGUAAAUAAAAUCAAAGGAAUACAAUUA